AUGCGCCUGUAAGAUGGCAAUAUCUACAUUGGCAUUUAAAGAAGAAGAAUAAUUGAUACGAUUUUUAUGAAACUUUCAUUCAAGAAUGACUGAAAUGAAGAAAGAUGAUGUUGUUAAAAUAUUGCAUACAUAUCCCCUUUGUAGAAAAUGUGAUAUGUCAGAUGAAAUGAAACAAGAAGCGAUGGAAUUGUGUGUCACUGCGGCAGAAAAAUAUGCAGAUAAUUAUGAAAGUGUUUCUCGAAUGAUUAAAGAGACAAUGGAUAAAAAAUUCGGUGCAUCUUGGCACACAGUAGUUGGUGAAGGCUAUGGAUUUGAAAUAACUUAUCAGCUUAAACAUCUAUUAUAUAUGUAUUGUGCUGGAAAUUUAGCAAUAUGCAUAUGGAAAUCAGCAUAG